AUGCUUUCUUCAACACGUUCAUUGAGCGCUGGCUCGCUGAUGCUCGCUUUGUUAUCUUCCCCUGUGGCUGCUGCAAGUUACUCCCUGGUGGAGACAUGGGAGGGGAAGAAUUUCCUGGAUUACUUCAAUUUCCACGUUGGUCCUGACCCAACCAAUGGCUUUGUCAACUAUAUCGACCAGGAGACUGCCGAAAGUACAGGCCUUGUCAAGCUCACCGAUUCUGGCAGUGUAUACCUGGGUGUCGACUAUGCUACCAAGCUGGACCCCAACGGGAACAAGGGCGUGAUUCCCAAGAAGUACUACGACCAGUCUCUGGUUAUCGCCGAUAUCGCCCACAUGCCUGGCAGCACCUGCGGUACCUGGCCUGCCUUUUGGUCAGUUGGAAGGGAGUGGCCCCAAGAUGGCGAGAUUGAUAUCAUCGAAGGUGUCAACAUGCAGGAACACAACGAAAUUGUCAUGCACACUGCCGGCACUUGCAGCUUGACAGAUACGGAUAUGACUGGCUCGGUCAACGCUACUGGGUGUGGCUUGGAUCUGGGACCCGUGGGCUGCAAAAUCGAAGGUCAGGAGGGUAGCUUUGGCACACCUUUCAACAAAAAGAAAGGUGGUGUGUAUUCACUGCAGUGGACCGACGAAUUCCUCAAGAUUUGGUACUUCCCCCGAAACUCGAUCCCGGCCUCGAUUACGAACGGCAAGCCCGAUGUAACACAAUUUGGUACCCCGAUGGCCGUGGUGAAGGAAUCGUGCGACGUUGCCAACGCAUUCAAGCCCCAGUCGUUUGUGUUUGAUGUCACCUUCUGUGGAGACUGGGCAGGUGGUGUGUAUGGUGAUUCUGGUUGCCCCAUGACCGACGGCGAUCCUUUCCAGAGCUGCCAGAACUAUGUCGCCAACCACCCGGCCGCGUUCAAGGAGACAUACUGGGAAAUCAACUCGAUCAAGAUCUACCAGACUGGCGUGAAGGGAAUUGCCUCAGUUUCAUCAUCUGAACCCGAGCCAGCUACUGCCGCUGCUCCCGUGGUUUCCAAGACAACUGCUAAGACCCACGCUACUCAGAGUGCCACUGCUGUGCACUCUGCUGCUUCCAAGGAAGAUCAAACCCAAACCGCUGGAGCAGUUCAGGAACUGGGUCCUGCGUCUGUUCCUACUGUCGCACCUACUGCCGAAAGUCCUGCCACUGAAGCAAUCGAGCAACCUUCCACCAAGAAGACUCGGACUAUCACCUCUGUAGUCACUGCCACUGAGACCAUCUGCCCCGAGGCCGAAGACUCCUCCACUAUUGCCGCCCACUCUGUCGCAACACCGGCCCCUGCUCCAGCUGUGCAAUCCGUCCAAGUCCCAGCCAACGGCCAAGAAACGGAGACACGGGCCUCCGCGGAUCCUGUGGCCCCUGCUCCCAGCGUCGCAUCCGUCCCAGCUGGCCAUGGCCACACCAACUCGAAGCCUGCAUCUGUUCCCGUCGCUGCCACGCCCGCUGCACCUGAACACACUACCCACCACGCUGAGACCUUCGGUGGCUCGUGGGUGCAUCCUUCUGCGAUGCCCACUGCCGUUGUUUCCAACGUCCCAUACGAGGCCUCCAAAGCACUGGUCCCUACCCCCACAGGUGUCUCUCCACAGCAAACUACAUCAGCUACAUCUGGAUUCUAUGUUCCUAGCGGCUCUCAAUCUGGAGCCAGCCCUGUCUUCACCGGUGCUGCGGAUCGGUUGUCCAUGAGCAUUACCGCUCUCUUGUCUGGACUCAUUGUUGCCUUCUUGGCUUAA